AAGCUGUGUUGAGCUAGGCUAGUGUCUGAUAGGGAUACCGGGCGGCACAUUUCCCAAGUCUGGGCCAGGGUACAGUUGGCAGCAGCGCAAGCGCCUCAUCACAAGUGCAGUGGCGGGGCGGGCAGUGUGGCCUCGUCCUUCCCAGUGGUGACUGUGUGGACGGACUGUGAUAAGCGGGCACCCUCCCUCAUACACACAACGUGCCCACGCUUCCUGCUCGCUGGUCUGCAGUGCGUCACCGUGCAGCCGAGGAAGAAGGACGCAGCAACAGACACGUGGUGAAGGACAUACAGAAGGCGAGUGGGGGAGAGACGAGGAGAAAAGGACACAGAGGCAGAGAUAAGCUGUGAAGAGACAAUAGAAGAGAGAAAGGAAAGACAGAGACAACAAAAGGAGGAAGAAGAGAGAAAGGACAAAGACAAGAGGUGAGAGAGGAGAAAGGACGCACGGGAAACAAGUGGAGAGAUUAGGAGAGGACACAGAGGCAGCCAUAGUGGUGGAGACACAAAAGACGAGAGAAAGGGAAGGCAAACGAGAAGAGGGAGAAGAGAGAAAGGACACGGACAAGGAGAGAGAGAGAAGAAAGGUCACACAUCCGAAAAAAAAGAAGAGGUGAAGAGAAAAGAGGAAGGAAGGAAACAAAGGAGAGAUAAGAGACAGAGAGACCCUUAGACGAGAAAGGAGAGAAAAGGAAUAAAGAAAAGGAGAGAAAAGGAAAUAACAGAAAAGGGGAGAGAGAAGAUAGACAGAUAGACAGAAAAAGAAGGGAGAGGAAGAAAAGACGAAAAUAAGAAAGACAAACACCAAAAGGAAACACAGAAGAGGAAAAAUUACAAGAACUGUGAAAAGGUAGACAAGAGGGAGAAAAGGACGAGAGAGAGAGAGACAGAGAAACACACAUAAGAAGAAGAAACAAACAGACUAACACAGAGGCGAAAACAGGACGGAAGACAGGCGACAGAAGAAGAAGAAGAAGACAAAGAAAGGAGAGGAGAAGGACAAAGGAAUCGAGCAACAAAACAACGAACAAAGAAGAAAAAAAAAUAGAGAAGAAGCAAUGGGAAGGAAAUUAAUCCACAAAAGGUGACAAAUAUAAGGGAAAAAGUGGAAGAGAGGAAGGGAAGACAAGUGGAAGAGGGUGUGUGUGGUGAACGUACGAGACAAACCACCACCAUUGCCUCUAUCCACGCUACUCACUUCACAAUAACCCCCACACCCCCAACCUCCACCACCACCACCACCACCACCACCAUGUCCACCACAAUACAUGACACUCAGGAGACACAGCCCAAAACUAACUGGUGCUGUAUCCUGUGCAUCUUCGUGGUGGCUGGCGGCCUCUGCUUCUUCGGCGUCUCCCUGGCACUGCAAGGCGACAGUAAGACAGGACUCGUGCUUCUACUCAGCAGUGGUGGUCUCCUUGGUCUGUCCAUCUGCGCGGCCAUUGGAAGGUUCCGGCCCCAGAGCGAGGAGGACAAGACGUCGCCCUCCUUGUAUGAUGACCUAGAUGACCAGCCGCCCUCCUACAGACAGUCCUGGCGGCGAUCCUUCAUGCGGCGCAUCAAGAAUAGAAACGAGGGUGGCGAGGACGACGAGAACGCGGGAGAAAACGGGGAGGGAAAGGGACGCGGCAGACGCAAAUGGUGGCAGCGGCGCGGAGAACGUGGGAAAGACGAGGAGGAGGGCGGGGGCUGUAGAGAAGCACGAGGAGGAGGAAGACAGUCAAGGCGCUCCUCUUACCGUACAGCUGACGAACUUUACUCCUCGUCCUCUUCCUCUUGCGACAGUCUCCUGGCGGGGCUGUGCGGGGGCAGAACGAGGGGCGGGGCAACGAAUGAAAGAUACACCCAGUCUUUGUCUAAUCUUCUCGACCCUCCUUCAUACCAAGACGCCAUUGCUCACCUAGAUGAUGCCGCCAUUAGGAAGUUACGAUCAGAAAUGUGUCUCCCCUCCGCCAUGCAGUGACCUGACCUGACCUGACGUGACAUAACCCGACCUAGCCUGGUGUUAUUUGACCUAGUGAUGUAAAUAUUUACUAAGGUUGGUUUGGCUGGGUUUAGGUAUGCCUUGUGAUGUUGUGGGUUGUGAUAUGUGUUGUUUUGUUGUUUUGUGUGUGUGUGUGUGUGUGUGUGUGUGUGUGUGUGUGUGUGUGUGUGUGUUUGUAGUAGUGGUGAUAUUGCUAAUUCUAUGUACGUUAUAGUGGCGAUGACGAAUAUAGAGAGAGAAAAAAACACAAGAAAGGAAGGAGUAAGAGAAGUGAACAGAAAAAAAAAAAAAGAAAACAGGAAUCAGAAUAAAUCAAUAAUCGAGAACACGAACAAGACAUAGAAAGAUAAAAAUAAAGCAAAUAAAUAAGAGACAGCGUACAAGUAAGAGAGAGAGAGAGAGAGAGAGAGAGAGAGAGAGAGAGAGAGAGAGAGAGAGAGAGAGACUUAACGCUAUACUAAAACAAGCAUUCACACACACACACACACACACACACACACACACACACACACACACACACGUCGGAAUCUCAACAGUUAAUUAAGAAUGUCUAAGUUUAAGAGAUAAUAUUAUUCUCGUCUCUUCCUUCUCUUAUCUCGGAGGAGGAGGAGGAAGAGGAGGAGGAAUAUUUUGUUAUUAUUCAUUGUUCCUACUCUUAUUUCCAUUUAUUGAUGUUAUUUGUUUCCAUGUUUGCUUCUUUAUCCACGCAAAAGUUCAGAACAAGAGGAUGAUGUGGAUGGAUUCUCUCUCUCUCUCUCUCUCUCUCUCUCUCUCUCUCUCUCUCUCUCUCUCUCUCUCUCUCUCUCUCUCUCUCUCUCUCUGAUAUUUACUACCUAUUCUGCUUUCCACAUCUCUUGUCUCGGGUCUUGAAUAAAAUCUUCCUUUUUUAUUUCUUUUCCUCUUCUUCGUAAGCAUGUGUGUUAUUUAUUUUUCCUCUAAGGCAUUGUUGUUACCCAUUUCCUAUUGCACACCUCCUCCUCCAUGUCACCUUUAUUUCUCUCGCAUCUAAUUAACGAGAUCAAGAAAAAAAAAAGUUGUUUCAUUCUUGCUCUUCCUCCUUUUAUUCUCUUCUAAAGCAUAUUUAUCAUUUAUCAUCUACAUUUGCUUUCUCCAUCUUCAUUUUUAUUAUCCCUUAUUCCUCGGAUCUAAUAAAAUUUACAUCUCUUAAUUUUUCUUUCUUUUCUUUCAUGUUUCUCUUCUUUGGGAUAGGCAAGGGAGGAGAGAAGGGAAGAAUGGGGAAAGUUUGAAUAGGAAGAAGAGGAGGAGGAAGAGGAAGAGGAAAGAGGAAGAGAAAAACUAGGAAGGGGGGAGAUAGGGGCAAGAGAGAGAGAGAGGGGGGGAGGUAUGAACACUACAUGAAGGGAGAGGGGGGGGGUAGGAGAUCUAAUGAAUGGGGACGAGGGGGAGGGGGGGGGGCAGAAAGACUACAAUGUAUUAAUAAGGUAAGGUGUAGGGGGGGAGCAGAUACGCUAGCGGAAGGGGGAGAGAGAGAGGGGGGGAGGAAACAAGUAAAUAGAACGGUGGGGGGGGGUUAGUAUAGUGAACAGGAAGGGGGAGUGUGAGGAAGAGAAACAGAUGAAGAAAGGAGAGGAACAAGAAAUAAGUGAACAAGGAUAGGUGAUAGAUGAUUGGGGAAGGAAGAGAGGAAGAGAGGAGAGGAACAGUAGAAGGGAGGAGAUGGGAAGAGAAUAGGAGGAAGAAUACACGUGAAAUGGGAGGAGGAGGGAGAGGAGGAAGAGGGGAGAAGCAAUAACACUAGAUGAAGGAGGGAGAUAGCGAGGAGAAGGAGCAAGAAUACGAGAGAGAGAGAGAGAGAGAGAGAGAGAGAGAGAGAGAGAGAGAGAGAGAGAGAGAGAGAGAGAGAGAGAGAGAGAGAGAC